CUCGAUCGGGCUCCCCACAGCCCUAAGGCAUGUGUGUGCAGCUUGAAAACGAACUGUACUCAUUCUGUACACAUCCUGCUCAGUGACUUCCCCAACACCGCCGGAGGAGGCUGCCGACGUAUCUCUCAACAUAUUCGACACUUCAUAGGACUCUUCAUAAACGUUUUGAAAGCUAAUAGGUUAACAGAGGUUAAUUGUAGCGAGGCAUAUUCAAAGAAAAGUACAGCAAACCUCCACCAAGGAAAAUAUUUCCCGGCAGCAAGACUGAUUCUCCAAACGUUGGUGGGAGUUGAUAUGAGCGGCGGCACUGAUGCGCGCCUCCGUGGAGACUACGUGCGCCCUCCUCUACUUGUGGAACGUGCUGCUCAACAACCCUCUGAUUUGCUGCAGCAGUUAGCGAUUCACAAUUUAACGGCUGUCGAUGUGUUUGGAUUGGCCCCGAGUGGCGGAAUGAGCUUAAGCGGACACCUGCCUACUCAGCCUGUGGAUUUCACUGCUGCUCUGCCACUAGCAGUUAAACCGAUCAAGCAGGAACCGCUGCAAGUCGCUCGCGGUCCUGUGACGCAAGUUAAACAAGAGCCGUCACGAGUUGCUCUGUUUAUGACGCAGGUGAAACGGGAACCAUCACAAGUAGUUCUUCCUAUGGCGCAGGUGAAACAGGAGCCCUUACAAGUCCCAUCAGGUAUAGAACAUUUCACCACGUUGCUCUCGCAUUCGGCAAACCUGUCGCUAGCCAAUAGUGAGAGAGGUGAAGGAACCUCUGGUUCUGCUCAAGAACAAACCACCUCAUACAGCGUCAGCCAUAGACGACCCAGAAUGGAGACACAGGGAACUCAAACGCCGAGGAUGGAGACGCUGGGAACUCAAACGCCGAGGAUGGAGACGCAGGGAACUCUGACACCAUCAUUCUCCGGUCCUACUCUGGCUUCCGGUGGCUCGUUGGUUUUGGGUUCACCAGAGGGGGCUAUGUACCUCUCAGGUCAGUCGAUCCCAGUGGCUCUGGUGUCUGCUGGUACCCUUCCAGCUGCCAUGGCUCACAGCACACCGUUGCAACUUCUGCAGGAGAGGGAGCAACUGAGGCGAGAAAACGAGGCUCUCCAAUCUCGCGUCUUCCAGUUCCAACAACUAUUCAGAGACAAGCAAAAGUUGACUUUGGUGCUCAACAAGAUGGGCAUCUCCGCUAGUUUGUGACGUACCUUGCCAUCCUCACCCUCCCCUCCAUACUUUCCCUGCUAAUACUAUAAAAGUAUAUGGUGGACCCAUGUCACCAUGACAAUUUAUCUGUAGUCGCCGGGAAUUACUGGCUAGGAAAUCCUUACUAAACCCGAUAUUUAGGUUUUAGGCCCGGAUGUUCUGUAGUAAGUUAAGUAGUGUUCCAGGCAUGGUGUUUUUUUAUAAUUACUUGGGUAUUAGGCCUAUCGACUGCAAGGAUAAACAAAACUUUAAUCUACAUUAUUUUCAAUGACAAUAGUGGUAGCGGCCAGUGAAUCAAGACUUAAUUUGAUAGGCUUACCAUUGUGCUAUCCAUGUUGAGGAAGUAAUAAUGUAAGUAUUUAUAACAACCUAUUACAAACUACUGUCCAAAUUAGACCUAAAAGCUGCUUAGAAUACUUGGCCCAAGUAAUGUCUCGCGUGGAGCUGUUAGUUGCCAGGUUUUGUUAAUACUAGAAGCUUAAUGUAAAUAGCAAUUGGUGCGCUUAUCACCGAUCAGUUACUGUUGCACCCUCAAUACACAUUUAUUCAAUUCCAUUCAUGAUUGAAGUAUGAAAACUUUGUAUACCCACUUGAGAAAUUAAUCUCAACAUAUAUAAUAUUUUAGAGAACCAUUGUUAAUUAAUUAUAAUAUUACUCGCACUGUACAGUUUAACUAGGCAUUUUUGUUGAUAUUAGCAUGAAAAAUGUGAAAAUAGCCAGGAAGCAAAUUUUGUUGUAUGUAAUUUGGGAAAUAUUUUGAAAACCUUCAAUAAAUUUAAAGACGGA